CAGAGUUGCAGGCUGCCGGUGUCUCCACAGCUGAUCACAGAGAAAUGAGUGCGAGGAGAAGAGGCGGGCAGCCAAACAGAGGAGGGGGCAAAUUUAACAAGCCAAGAGGAGGUGGAAGAGGUCGCGCAGGUGGUGGAGGUGGAGGUGGCGGUGGAGGUGCUGGUAGAAAAGGUGGAGCCGAUCGAUGGGACGAUGGCGACGACGGUGAUUUUAGCCUUGAUUUUGGACCUGCUCAUUCCAGCAGACCUCAGAAACAACGAGGCGCUGGCAGCCGUGCUGGUGGAAGCCGUGCUGGUGGCAGGGUUGGAGGCAGGGAUGGAGGCAGGGGUGGAGGCAGGGAUGGAGGCAGAGGAAGGGGAGGGAGGGGACGAAAGGAUCUAAACGGCAGAAGCGAUGGGAAAAGUAGGGGCCUUCCUAAAACUCUCCCGAGCUCCAUGGCGAGAACCAGGAUGAGCCCAAAACCAGUUGAUAGCAGCAGGUUGGAGGUGAGCUCCAUGCCUUUGCAAAGGAUUUUCAUGACCAAUGAGAACCAGGAACAGCUCAAGGAGCUGCUGCGGGACCUGCAUGCACAAGACACUUACGACCCCUAUGAUGAAGAAGAUUCAGAUUAUUCGGGGGAAGAAGCUGAUGAGGAGGAAUAUGAUGAGUUGGAUCACCGUGAUGAAGGCCAGUUUUGGAACACUAAUGAUGAGCCUGUGGAGAGAGCAGAGAGUCCAUUGUAUGACACAGAGUCUGAUGAUGAACGGCCUCCCCCUGAACAUAUCAUAUCUUUAUUUGCCAUUGGCAAACUCUGCAGGUUUGGGUUUGACAGGGAACGCAGUAAGCUGGCUCUCGAAUCUGGUGGGGGGGAUUUUGGGGCCACCUUGGAACAGCUCCUCUACCAGGUCUUCAGUGAGCGCUACGGCCAGAAAGCAGUGUCCCCUGACAACCUCAAGGGAGUGCCUAUGGAUGAGUGUUUCACCCAGAGGCAGGAGGAAGCUCUGGUUCUCACUGCAAUUUUUGGUGACCGCUUCAGUGAGCGCAUUAGUAACUCAGUGUGGGUAGUGAGCCUGGACCUCUCAUUCCUCCCAGUCAACAAUGGCACGAAGCGGGAGAGUCGAGGUGGUGGAAGACCUGUUCACAUCCGUGACGUCUGCAGAUUCUUCCUGAAAGGGCAAGGCUGCCGCUUUGGAGAUAAAUGCAAGUUCAAACACCAACUUCCUGACAAAGGAAGGUCUGGUUCCCCAGACCCAACGGGCCCAAGUCAGCCUGGAUUCAGCAGCUAUUCUCCUCCCGAGUAUGAACUGGAAAUCCGUUUCCCCAAAGGAAAUCGUUACCCAUUUCAGGCACCGAUAGUCGCCUUCAGCACCAACAAUGAAUCUAUCGGAGCCCCAGGGAGGCUCAGCGUGACCGAGAGAUUAUUUGAAGAGGCACUCUCUUCAGCAAAGAGCAGCGAGCCUGUUGUUUACAAUCUGACUACCUUGUGUGAAGAUGAAGCUACCAUGAUGGAGCUGCUGGCUGUCAGUCACCACAAGUACAGCACGCCGCCGCCUGUUUUGUCGGUUCCUCCCCCCCCUGUCACCAUAGCUAAGAGUAAGAGUGUGAGGAGCAGUACAGCAGAGGAAAGCAGGAGUGGUAGUACCAGUAGUAAUAAUCACUCUCAAAGCAAAAGGACUGCUCCACCCAACAACCAAAGACCCUUAGAUUUGAAAGAGACAGUGGAAGUAGAGGAGCUGGACGAGAGAGAUGAAGAUGAAGAAAACGAGGCUGUUCCUGUUGUUACCGAGAGUUACGUCAAUCUGAGGAAGAAGAUGGUGACUAAGCACAACCCAAGGUUAGACAAUGUACUGCAAGAAAACGGCAAGCUGUGUCGAGAGUUCAACAUGAAAAAGUCAUCCAGGCGCUUCAGGUCCAUGCUGGAGCAGAGGAGGAGCCUGCCGGCUUGGCAAGAAAAAGAGAACAUCCUUGACAUUUUGGACCGGUGUCAGGUGCUGGUGGUCAGCGGGAUGACAGGGUGUGGUAAGACCACCCAGAUCCCUCAGUUCAUUCUGGACGCCUCAUUAAGUGGUCCAGCUGGUCAGGUGGCCAACAUCAUCUGUACCCAACCACGCCGUAUUUCUGCCAUCUCUGUGGCCCAGAGAGUGGCUGAGGAGCGAGCAGAGAAACUGGGCAACUCCGUGGGAUAUCAGAUCCGUCUGGAGAGCGUCAGGACAUCUGCCACCAGACUCCUGUACUGCACUACAGGCGUGUUACUGAGGAGACUGGAGGGAGAGGCCGACCUCAAAGGCAUCACCCACGUCAUUGUGGAUGAGGUGCACGAGCGCACGGAGGAGAGUGACUUCCUGCUGUUGGUGCUCAAAGACCUGAUUGUUCAGAGACAAGACUUGAAGAUCAUUCUCAUGAGUGCCACACUUAAUGCCAACCUCUUUUCUGAAUACUUUUACGGCUGUCCCUCUAUCCAUAUACCAGGGCGAACUUUUCCUGUCGACCAGUUUUAUCUGGAAGAUGCCUUGACUAAAACUGGUUAUGUCAUUGAGGAUGGCAGCCCUUACAUGCGCUCAGGGAAACAAAAUACGUCUGGUGGACGAACGAGCAAAGUAGAGCCGAGGAACACGGUGGACGACUUGGAUGACGACAUGUGGAACUUCAUGUCCUUCAGUAGGAAGGACAUUGUCAAAGACUCGAUCCCAGACCAGCAGCUCAGCCUGCAGGACCUUACGGUCAGAUACAGAGAUACUAAGAAGUCUGUGCUUAAGACGAUGUCUGCGAUGGACCUGGACAAGAUCAACAUGGACCUGGUGGAGAGUCUGCUGGAGUGGAUUGUAGAUGGAAAACACAACUACCCUCCAGGUGCAGUGCUUGUGUUCUUACCAGGCCUGGCUGAGAUCAAGACGCUCUAUGAACAGCUCCAGUCCAACAGAAUGUUCAACAACAGGGGGACAAGCAGGUGUGUGGUGUACCCACUCCACUCAACCUUGUCCAACGAGGAGCAGGAGCGAGUUUUCAGUCGGCCACCUCAGGGCACCACAAAGAUUAUCAUCUCCACCAACAUCGCAGAGACCUCUGUAACCAUUGACGACGUGGUUUAUGUGAUCGACUCUGGCAAGAUGAAGGAAAAAAGGUAUGAUGCAUCGAAAAGCAUGGAGAGCCUGGAGGACUCAUGGGUUUCACGGGCCAACGCGCUGCAGAGAAAGGGUCGAGCGGGUCGCGUGGCCUCAGGAGUCUGCUUCCACCUCUUCACCAGUCACUGCUUCCAACACCAGCUGUCGGAGCAACAGCUGCCGGAGAUCCAGAGAGUUCCUCUGGAGCAGCUCUCCCUCAGGAUCAAAAUCCUGGACGUGUUUGCUGAUCAGAAUUUGGAGUCGGUCUUCACUCGGCUCAUCGAACCCCCAGCGAUGGGAAGCUUGGAAGCAGCCAAGCAGCGCCUUCAGGACCUGGGAGCUUUAACUGCAGAAGAGAUGCUGACUCCGCUGGGCUACCACCUGGCCUGCCUUCCCGUUGAUGUGCGUAUUGGGAAACUGAUUCUAUUUGGCGCCAUCUUCCGCUGCCUCGAUCCGGCGCUCACCAUCGCUGCCAGCCUGGCCUUCAAAUCACCUUUUGUGUCUCCAUGGGAUAAGCGAGACGAGGCCAAUGAGAGGAAAUUGGCCUUCGCGUUGAACAACAGCGACCAUCUUGCUUUGUUACAAGCAUAUAAGGGAUGGUGCUCCGCUGCAAAAAUCAGUAAAGGGGCCGGCUUUGCUUACUGCAGGGAAAACUUCCUGUCAUGGCGAGGCUUACAGGAGAUGGCCAGUCUGAAGAGACAGUUUGCUGAGCUGCUGUCCGACAUCGGCUUCAUCAAGGAGGGACUGAGGGCCAGGUUUAUAGAGCGCAUGUCCUCUAAUGGCUCUGAUGGUGUUCUAGAGGCUACUGGCCCUGAGGCAAACCUGAACUCAGACAACACUCGCCUGAUGUCUGCCAUGUUGUGUGCUGCCCUCUAUCCCAACGUGGUCCAGGUACGAGCUCCUCAGGGAAACUACAAGAUGACCAGCAAAGGAGCGAUGAAGAUGCAGCCUAAAGCCAACGAGCUUCGCUUCAUGACCAAGGACGACGGCUGCGUCCACAUGCACCCCUCGUCUGUCAACUACUUGGUUCGUCACUACAACAGCCCCUACCUGGUUUACCACGAGAAGGUGAAAACGAGCCGCAUCUUCAUCAGGGACUGCAGUAUGGUGUCCGUUUACCCGCUGGUGCUGUUUGGAGGCGGUCAGGUCAACAUGGAGCUAUUCAAGGGAGAGUACAUCAUCUCCCUGGACGACGGAUGGAUCCGAUUUGCUGCCUCUUCUCAUCAGGUGGCCGAGUUGGUGAAGGAGCUGCGCCUGGAGCUGGACCAGCUGCUCGAGGACAAGAUCAGGAACCCAAACAUGGACCUGUGCAACUGCCCCCGUGGCUCCGGCAUCAUCCGCAUGAUUGUCAACCUCAUCACCACACAGUAGCUCCGCACUUCAUUAAACCCUUUUUGUCACUAUCAAGGGCUAAAAAUGCAUGAAGUUCCAACCUCUUUGUGUUCCAGCAGCUCUGCUACAUAAAACAUCAGAAUAUGUGGAAUCGGGCUAAACCACCUCAACACUGGUAAAACUAGGAUUAUCAUCAUGCUCUGUCAAUCAGUGUAUAUAUCAUUGUGUAUGCAUAGUUUUUCUUCCAGACUCGAAUGAGGUCACCGUGACCUUUGACAACUGAAAUCGAAAUCAGUUCAUCUUUGGGUCCAACUGGUUAAAAUUUGAAGAAGUUCAUGAAAGGCAAACUUUAAAAAUAAAAGGCCAAAGACAUGUUUUAUUAGGCCACUGGGACCUUGCCCUUGGACCAUCAAAAUCCAAUCUGUUCAUCAGUUGAGACCCAUGGACGGACGUACACCCGGAAAACAUAGUGCCAUUUUCUUUGUAUUUUUUAGAGACAGAUUAUCUGGGCAGAUUUAUUUCUUGAUUGGACGUCCUCUGCAGUAGUAACGAGGCAUUUUCCUUAAUGUAACAUCAUCGUGGAUAAGCCUCGGCUGUAUUUCUGCAUCAUUGAUGCUGGCCCUGCCGGAGGCGGGUCCUAAUGUUACCUGCCAAAUCAGAUUGGUCAAUUUUUCUUCUCGAUAUUCAUUACUGAAAGUGAAAAGUACAUAAAUAAAUAUACUUAAUUAAAGUACAGAUUCAUUAUUUAUACAUGCAUCAUAUACAUACAUUUCAUUUUUGGUGAGUCUCAAAAUUACUGCUCAUUUUGGUGAUAAAAGUUGAGAUACAAGGGCAGGUUCACAGUCAAGUCUGGUUUAAAACGAUGGUCAGGUGGCCGUAUUUACAUGGAAACCGCUUUUCCUAGCUGUAAACAUGUCAACUGCAAGAAAGAAAUCCUCCUCAUACAUUUUCAUUAAGUGAUGAGGGACAAAUUCACAGCCCUUCUCUGGACCCCCCCCCCAAAUAAACUGAAGUACCACUUAACUAGCACUUAACUGCUGGCGUCACAGUCACCACUUUAUUUAUCACCAAGUAUCAGUUUACACAAAUGUUUUAUUGUGAUGCUUCCCCAGAAGCAAAUUCUGCCUUAAAAAAAAACAUGACUCUGUGCAGGUGAUCAACAAACCUCCAACAGUGUUGUUGACGUUUGUUUUGAUACCGAUAGAAAAAGAAAAGACACUUGUUUUCCAUACCAACUACUGUUUGUGCAGUAAAUCGGCACAUUGAUUGUUAAAUUCAAUGUCAGAUACAGUUUGUAAACUGCAUUUUUAUUGGAGGUUGUGUGUUUUGCUCACAACAGAGAACUUCUUAGGUCCAUAUUGGACUUAUUCUUACAGUAGGUGCACACUUGUUGUGGAUAUUUAUUACAUAUAUGUGAUGCAUGACGGACAGAUCAAGAGCUUCUGCAUGAGUUUUUACAUUUGCUGAAUGUAUUUAAAUGCUACAAUAAUGUCAACCACAGUUUUACAAUGUGAAUGCAAGUGUUUUUUUUAAGUCACAAGAUUUAGGAGGGAGCGGCCAAAGAAUUUGAAAGUUGACUGCACUAAAAAUAAAAAAUUGAAGAUACUCAAA